UUAUACUACGAGUAUUAUUUUUGUUGGCAAUAAUAAUAACUCAAAACACGAGAAGCGAGGGAGAGGAAACACCCCCACACAAACAAACAGCAAUAACUUUCAUUUUCCAUCUCCCACCGUGAUUAGUGCUGCUCUGUCUAAACCAAAGCGGCGCGUCAUUUCCACGCGCCUCCUCUGCUCAAAACCCAGUCCCCUAUUCUCAUCCCAUUCUUAGAAAAAAUCCCAUAAAACAACAACUAUGAUAAUAAUGGUGUCUUCUAGCAAAGCAUUACUGACACUAACAUUCUCAAUCUCAUAUUUAAUAUGGUAUUCCCACUGUCAGCUGCAGCUAACCACAUCUCACUACCAAAAAACAUGUCCAAAAUUCGACCAAAUCAUGCAAGAAACAACCACCAACAAACAAAUCUCCACACCAACAACCGCCGCCGCCGCUCUGCGUCUUUUAUUCCACGACUGUUUAGUCGAAGGUUGCGACGGUUCUGUACUUAUAUCAUCCACACAUUUCAACAAAGCCGAACGCGACGCCGAUAUCAAUCUGUCUCUACCUGGCGACGGAUUUGAUAUAGUUGUUCGUGCUAAAACAGCUCUAGAAUUAGCCUGCCCAGGUACUGUUUCAUGUGCCGACAUUUUAAAUGUCGCCACACGAAAUUUAGUCACUAUGAUGGGUGGUCCUUUUUAUAAUGUUAAGCUUGGUAGAUUAGAUGGAUUGGUUUCUAAAGCGUCUAGAGUUGAUGGAAACUUACCAAAACCGAGUAUGUCGGUUUCUGAACUGAUAAGCCUUUUCGGAUCAAAAGGCUUUUCAGUUCAGGAAAUGGUCGCCUUAUCGGGCGCUCAUACAAUUGGGUUAAGUCAUUGUAAUGAAUUUAGUAAUGAUAUAUAUAAUUAUAGUAAGUCUAUACAAGUUGACCCGAGUUAUAAUAAAAGGUAUGCUGAUGGGUUAAGAUCAGCUUGUAAGGAUUAUAAAAGGAAUCCGAGUUUGUCGGUUUUUAAUGAUGUGAUGACACCAAGGAAUUUUGAUAAUGUGUAUUACCAAAACCUGCCUAGAGGGCUUGGAGUGUUGAAAUCGGAUAGGGCGUUGGUUAUGGAUUCGAGAACUCGGCCAUUUGUUGAGUUGUAUGCGAAAGAUCAGAAGGCGUUUUUUAAUGCGUUUGGUUUGGCCAUGGAAAAGCUUAGUUUGGUUGGUGUGAAGACUGGUCGGAAUGGUGAGAUUCGCCGUCGGUGUGAUUCGUUUAAUUAGGUCAGAUUUUGCAUCACUUGCUUCAUUUUUAUGGGUAUUUGUUAUUAAUUUUGAACCUAAAUGAUAUAUAUAUAUAUAUAUAGUUUGUAUACUAAAAUCUAUUUCUUUGGUGAUUAAAUAAUAAAUUUUGAACUUAAUGUAGCUUAUAAUUUGAUUGGCCUGUCUGCUAAUUAAGGUUGUUUGGAAA